ACUGUGCGAAAAACAUCAUUUAUGACUACAUAUCCCAGCAUUCAACACCACUCUUUGACCUUGUUGGAAGCGUGAUUAUAUUCUUUACAAUGUUACUAAAUAUGAGAUGAUAAACUCAUGUAACCAGUUUACACUUAUUUCGUAUACACUGUAGCCAGAUGCUUACGCAGAAAUGUAUUCGACUGUAUGGCUGGUGCGCCCUCCACAUGCGUAAGAGAAUAUGGAAGGAACUAGCAAAUCGAUCACUCGUACCAUCAAGACGCUGUUGUAACAAUCAUUUGGGAGAUUUAUACCGGAAUGAGUCCGUACAAAGAUAUCUUCGGCAGCUUGUGGAAGAGUACAGAGAUGUCACCAAAACAUUACAACAUGGGUUUCUCAACGACCCCGCCAGGAAAGAGUUGAACAAGAGACAGGUGGGACUUUCACCAGUGGCCACUGCGUUUCAGAGCGCUGAACACGCCGUGAAAGACCUAGAGGAGGUUGAAACUCUGCUUCAGAAGACAGUCGGUUCCAAAGAGGAAGACCGACAAAUGGUCCAGCUACUGAAAGAGGAACAAGCACAGAUCACCCAAAGAAUCGAGUCAUUGAGAAAAGAUUUGAUCCAGACACUAGUACCCAGUGACCCACACGACACCAGUAAUGUCCUUCUGGAGGUGGUAACAGGGCGGACAACAGGAGGUGACAUCUGUCAACAGUUCACCAGAGAGAUGUUUGACAUGUACCAAGGCCUUGCCAGCCACAAGAACUGGGACUUUGAGAUCUUCAACUACACACCUGCUGAAUAUGGUGGACUGCACCAUGCGGCAGUAAGGAUAGCGGGGGAGAGUGUGUACCGGCGUCUGAAGCAUGAGGGAGGGACACACCGGGUCCAGAGGAUCCCCGAGGUGGGCCUGUCCUCCAGGAUGCAACGCAUUCACACAGGAACCAUGACCGUCAUCGUCCUGCCACAACCCAACGAGCUGGACAUCAGCAUUGACCCUAAGGACCUGCGGGUUGAUACGUUCAGAUCGAGAGGGGCGGGAGGUCAAAGUGUCAACACAACAGACAGUGCUGUCCGAAUAGUACACCUGCCAACAGGUACGGUGGCAGAGUGUCAGACGUCCCGCUCUCAGCUGCAGAAUCGUGACACGGCCCUGCGCGUGCUGAAGGCCCGCCUCUACCAGAGCAUGAUGGGCAGAGAGACGGAGCAGAGACUUACGGCACGCAAACAGCAGGUGGGCACUCGCUCCCAGUCGGAGAGGAUUCGCACCUACAACUUCAGCCAGGAUCGCGUGACAGAUCACCGGACUGGCUAUGUGACCAGAGAUAUCAAGGAGUUCAUGAAGGGCGGGGAGCCCCUGGAUGAUCUGAUCUCAGAGCUGUUGGAACACGGAGACAAGGAAGCUCUGCUGGAGCUGGUGGUGACCUGCAGUCAGAGAUACUGACUCAAGACAGUGUGACGCUAGCUGACAGUUUUGGGAGCUAGCUGACAUGACCCACUGCAGCAGCACUGACAGGAGAACAGUCAGACCAGAUAUGGAAGCAGUCGCUCGAACACUGAUUCAGUUUGUGAAAAGAAUGGCGUGUGGGUGGAGAAAAGAGAGCAGAGAGAGCCUGGCUAUAGACAACCCAGCUCUUUAACCAGUCUCAGACAUAUACCCAAUUACACCCUAGCAUUUUAAUAAAGUCCUAAAACUUGACUGAAAAUAGUUGGCGACGAGCCCUGCUCCUAUUGGGUGUGUCAGAGCUAUGUUUCAGCCCAACACACACGCUCUAAUCUCAAGCACCCAGGCUGUCUGGCAGCUGGCCAGCCAUGGCAUCAGUAUCUCUCCUACACAGCCUUAGCAAUGAGCAUGUAUUGGCACCAGUGAAGGGUUGAAUUACCUUCGAGGCUACUCGAGCCCCUGUGAAAUGUUUGAGUUGCUCUGACGGAAGUCUGCAAAAUAAAUCCAUGGAAGAUGAUUGAUUACUAAAGGAAGAAGCACAGAGAAUGUCCACACCAGCAGAAUAUAUAUUCAACAGUGCUCGCAAUAAAAAAAUAAAGAUAAAGUACAAUCUUUAAUCAAUC